CGUCAUCUAACAAAGGUUAACCAGACAACAUAACUCUUUUCAAAAAUAUCUGCAGCAUUGAAACACUUUGAGGUCAGGUUUCAACGUUUACAGCCUGGUCACUUUUAAAUUUGCCCUCAUUUUUGAUACACCUCCCUGCGAUUUGCGAAAAGCGGCGCUGUUUACCCGAAAAAUACACUAACCCACAGACGCCAUGACAGGAAAGCAUUGCAAAAACCGCAGAGCUCCAAACAGCCGGACAGCUCCGCGGUGCUGAGCUCACGCGGAAUGCGAUGUCACCGUUUUAUAGGUCCACAUCUUCAUGGAAUAAUAUUUUCAUCACUAUGCGCGGACUGAUAUCUUAAAAGCAAAUUUGUAAAUCAGUGGGUAUAUGCAUUGCAUGGACUAAUGCACUUUUCUCAGUGAACAGAAGAACGGUAAUGCCGUCCGACCUAACAAUGCAUUCGUUGACAAGGUACGUGUCGCUUGUUGUUCUCCUGUCAUUCGUUCCUCAUGUAACUGGCUCAGUGACUCAUUAUUCAAUACCAGAGGAGAUGAAAGAAGGAUCAGUCGUCGCAAAUCUUGCUACAGAUCUCAGCCUGGACGUUAAAACACUGAAUCAGAGGAAGAUGCGUCUUGAUCUAAUCGCCAACAAAAAAUAUUUGGAUGUGAACAAAGAGACUGGUGAGCUUUAUGUUGUAGAGAAAAUUGACAGGGAAUUUCUUUGUACAAAAACGCUCACAUUGUGCUACUUGAAAAUGGAAGUAAUACUUGAAAAUCCAUUGCGAAUAUUUAACAUUGAACUUGAAAUUCUGGAUAUGAACGACAACGCCCCACAGUUUCGAAGAGACGCCAUUCAUUUGGACAUAGCCGAGUCAACGCCUGCUGGUGAAAGAUUCUCAUUGAGUAAUGCAGUUGAUCCUGAUGUUGGAAGCAACUCAGUGAAAACAUACCAUCUGAGUGAAAAUGAACACUUUACUAUUGAAGUUCAGACCGGAAGAGAUGGGUCGAAAUUUGCUGAUUUGAUACUGAAAAAGGCUUUAGACAGGGAGCAGCAGGCUGUUUAUAAUUUAAUACUCACAGCUGUAGAUGGAGGCACACCUGCUCGAUCAGGCACUGCAAGAGUUAUUGUUCAUGUUUCAGACACUAAUGAUAAUGCUCCUACAUUUGACAAAGCUAGUUACAACAUAAAAGUGAUGGAAAAUUCUCCCAUUGGAAGUCUCGUUGUUCAUCUGAAUGCAACAGAUUUAGAUGAGGGGUCAAAUUCUGACAUAACAUACUCAUACAGUUUAUAUACGUCAGAGAAAACACAAGAAACAUUUCAUCUGAAUCCUUCCACUGGUGAAAUCACUGUUAAAGGAAUGUUAAAUUAUGAAGAUUUCAAAAUCUAUGAUAUGGAAGUGAUAGCCACUGAUAAAGGAGCCAAUAGUUUGUCAGGACAAUGUACAAUAAAGAUUAUUGUGGAAGACAUGAACGACAACCACCCAGAAAUAUCUAUUAAAUCAUUUCAGAGUCCAGUCAAUGAGAACAUAGAAUUAGACACAGUGAUAGCUGUAGUUAGUGUCAGUGAUAAAGACUCAGGAGACAAUGGAGUGGUGGAUCUUCAUAUUCCAGAUAAUAUGCCUUUCAAACUGAGGGAGUCCUCUGAUAACUAUUAUGAAUUAGUGGUGUCAGAGCCGUUAGACCGUGAGAAGGUCCCAGAGUAUGACGUCACGUUCACCGUCACAGACAGAGGUUCUCCUCCUUUAUCUGACAAUGAGACUAUGACGUUAGAGCUGCUGGAUGUUAAUGACAAUGUUCCACAGUUCCCUCAGUCGUUUUAUACUAUACGUGUGAUGGAGAAUAACGCACCCGGGGCCCUGCUCAGCUCACUCACUGCGUUUGACCCUGACCUCCAUGAAAACCAGUAUCUGGUUUAUUUCAUCCUGGAGAAGGAGAUAGCCAACACCUCCAUGUCCAUGCUGUUCUCCAUCAAUCCAGAGAACGGGAAUCUUUACGCAUUGAAAACUUUUGACUAUGAGAUCGAGAAGGAGUUUCUUUUCCACAUCGAGGCCAGAGACUCUGGCUCUCCUCCUCUCAGCAGUAACGUCACCGUCCACAUCAUCAUCGUGGACCAGAACGACAACGCUCCGGUCAUUGUGUCUCCGUGGCGCGCACACGGCUCUGUGGUGGAGGAAAAGAUCCCCAGAUCCACCGAUAAAGGGCUCCAGAUACAUCGUGUCCAGUUUACCGAGAGGCACAGGGCUGACAGACACUAGUGACUCAGCUGCUUCUACUCUACAGGUAAGAGUGUAGUUUGCAUUUGGUUUCAAUUCGACAUUUUCUAAAGUGAAGCGGCAUUUUAUUUUGCAUUGUAGAAAUUGUGAGAAUAAAAAUACUAAAUUAA